UGAAAUAGUAAAUUUGGUGCUGCUCGUACACGAUUAUUGGUUUCCUGACCUUGUCUCAUCCCAGGAACGUCUUAAUUAAUCGCGUAUUUUCUUAAAAAACGUCUCAAGGCCGAACCAUUCUUUGGGUUCACAACAGGUUGAAUAAGCUACGUGCGUCUAUAUCGGAAUGACAUUGAAUAUGUACAAUGGCUGCGGAUUAAAAAUACGGUUCUUCACAUUUGGUCAUUUUUACUAGUAAAGUAAAAUGGAGAUAAAUUAUGAUGCGCAAUUAUCAAUCUAUUUGUGGGAUGGAAUCUGAAAUGCGUCAUACUUAAUGAGGUUGGACAAACCUUUGUUUGCUGGGUAAUUAUUACUAUCAGUCGCAUUUUUGUGGUUAGCAAAGCUGGAGAUUUACACAAUUAUCUUCAAAUUAAUUAGUGGUCGGUCAUCGGUCAGUUACAAACCAACUCAUUCAUUCAUAUGUUCAAGUAUGCGAUUAGUUUACAAAAUUAUUCAUGAAUCAAAUAAGGAAUUAUUUACAUUGCGCUUUUAGGUACAUUCUCUAGUUGUGAUUUUGACUGGCAUAAUAUGACCAAUUAGUUAGAUAGUUGAUACCUGGACGCGAUAGGAAGGGAUGAUACAUGUGUAAUUUGACCGGUUCAGCGGACUACACAGAAUUAGUUGUUACCUUAUUAAGUAAAUAUGACUAUGUAUGUAUGUACUAAAUGGUUUGUAGGUCUGCUGGAGCCAGUUUAUGCAAAAAAAACGCGUAAUAACAGGAUUGAUUUCCUUUACAAACACUAUAUUGCAUGCAUAUCAACGUGGACUGUUUUUUGUUGUUCAUCGUCUCUUUAACACGAAAUAGUUUAGUUACAAACUUGCUACGUGCCAUUCAUUCAUGGUCGUAUGUAAACUGUUCAUAGAAACACAUUACACAGAAUCAUCUGCUUUUUUACGUGUUGAGUUGAGUCAGAAUAUUACUAACAAUCAAUAUUAUAUUAGUUUACAAGGAAAAGUGUAUCAUAAAUUCAUAAUGCAGUUAGCGACACGAUAAUAAAAAAGUAUGUAGGUUAGUUUUAGUAUUAUAACUUUUAGCUCAUUUACCGAGUUUACAAAAAAUCGUGACAGAAUGGACUAGUUGUGAUUUAGUUGCGGUUUACAUUUAAUCCAUUUUAGUCGCAUGUAUUUUUGUCCAGUAAAGCAAGAGCUUAAGUUGAGACUGGAUUUUGUAGUUGAAAAAAGUUUUUCUGUCAAAAAGCUUCUGCAAUUUUUACAUAAAAAUGCCGUGGUGGUUCAAGAGUAAAAAAGCGUUCGAUAUAUCCGACCCGUCCGAUCGCGACUCUUUUUUCGUCGUCACUGCAAUAUUCAACCCUGUCGGUUUCACGUCACGGUAUGACCUUUACCAUAAAUUCGUGUCUCACAUGGCACAAUGUGGCGUUCAGUUGAUGACCGUAGAGGCAAUAUUCCCCUCCCUGGGCCAGAACGAGUUUCAAGUGACGCAGGCCGACAAUCCACUCCAUGUUCAGGUCAGGUCACCUUCCGUCUACUGGAUGAAAGAGAACCUCAUAAAUCUGGGAGUGAGUAGGCUUCCUUCACAUGCCAAAUGGGUGGCAUGGUUAGAUGCUGAUGUCACUUUUGAGGACAAAAACUGGAUGGGAGCGACGCUGACUGCCCUGAAAAAGUAUGAAGUGGUCCAAGUAUUCAAAAAGGCCAAGUUUUUAGGACCACCACCUGAAGGAAAGGUGCUCAGGACGGAUUAUGGUUUCGGAUAUUCGGUCGUGCAUGAUAAAAUUAUUGAUCAGGAGAGAUAUGCAGAGUGGUACCCUCACCCGGGGUAUGGAUGGGCAAUGACAAUUUCCAGCUUUCGUGCCAUCGGGGGUCUCCCAAUCCACGACAUUGUUGGUUCUGGUGACCUUCAUUUUGCUUUUUCUCUACUGAACCGUGUCUCCAACGCUGUGGAGGACCAACUUCAUCCAGAAUUCAAAUCACUAAUCCUGCAAAUAUCAAACCGUACGUUUGAGACGUUAUCCAGCAUGGCGAAAGCGACUGGAAAGCAGGGUAUCGUUGGGUAUGCGCCCGUCACCCUGCGGCACAACUGGCACGGAUCCAGGAGUGAUCGGCAAUACGUGGAUAGAUGGAAGAUCCUUAUCGCCCAUCAGUUUAAUUUCCGAGAGGAUGUCGAAACAAAUGAUGAGUCCGGCCUUUUGGAAUUUGUCGGGGGGAAAAGUGAUGCAUUGCAGAGGGAUAUUCUCACACAUUUCCGGAUAAGGAAGGAGGAUGGGAAAGAAGUGAGUGGUCAAGAUUUGGCCGUCAUUGCAGCUGGGGUAGCGAUGAAGAAGCAUGAAAAGAAGAAAAAGAAGACAGGGAGAAAGGGCUCAAAUUCUAGUUCGGAUGACGACCGGAGAAAGAGAAAUAUGGGACACAACACUGCAAUGGACAAUAUGGCCUGGAUUCCACCCCCACAAACGGACCCAUAUUGUCCGCCAUGCAUUCCAUGCCCUGAUCCUAAUUGCCCUCCAGGCAUUCCUUGUCCUGAUCCGAACUGUCCUCCGCAUUGUCAUCCUCCAGGUCAUGACCACCAUAAUGAUCACGAACAUGGACAUGGUGAUCAUCACGAUAAUCACCACUACGGAGACGGGGGUUACUCUGACAUUCAUACUUCCACCCAGUACUAAUUAUGUACCUUCAAUAUGCCACUUUCUACCAAAGAACGCUUUCAAUCGAGAGAUUUAUAAAUGAAAAAGUAUUUCUUUACAAAGAUUUGAUACUGUAACUGUGACGUGAAUUGCCUAAUAAAUUUUUACGAAUGAUA